CUUCUACCAAUUCCAAUUAAACGUUGAUAAGGCUCCUCGAAGCUUCCAGACGAUCUAGACGGUACACUUAUAAAGUGCCUCCCCUUCUACAUACAACUACACAUACAUACAUUUGUUUACCCAAACUACCCCUCUCAAGAAAAUCGAACAAUGGCCCUGUUUGGUGACCCCUGGAGGCGCUUCCUCCUGGGCCCCGCCGUCCACCGCUCGUCGACGGCCCUUCUCGACUGGCUCGAAUCCCCAGCUGCCCACAUCUUCAAAAUCAACGUCCCAGGAUAUAGCAAGGAGGACAUAAAAGUGCAGGUGGAAGAUGGGAAUAUACUGGUUAUCAGAGCUGAAGGUGGGAAAGAGGAAUUUCCGAAGGAGAAAGACGUCAUUUGGCAUGUGGCCGAGAGGAAGACACUUGGCGGGAAAAGCGAUUUUUCAAGGGAGAUUGAGCUGCCGGAGGAUGUGAAGGUGGACCAGAUCAAGGCUCACGUGGACAACGGCGUGCUUACUGUGGUUGUACCCAAGGAUACAACUCCCAAGCCAUCCAAAGUCAAGAACAUUCAUGUUACUAGCAAACUAUGAAUCGUUUUGGUGUAUUCAUGUGAAUCAAAUUCAUGUCGUCUUUAGUAAUGUUCUUACACAUGUAAUUGGAGCUGAUAUUUUACAAGUUUGAAAGCUCGAGGAGAUUUAAUAUAAACGCAAUUUAUUUACCUUAAUACUACAAACUCGAGCCAAAUUUGAGUUGAGAUGCCUACCAACGAAAUUUAAGCUCAUGAUUCGAGCUGAUUUUAAAUAUAUGUAUAUUUUUUAUGGAAGGAGUACCAAAAAAAAUUUGGCUCGUUGAGUUUAAGCAAUAGUGAAUGAAAUAGAGCUUUGCUCAAAUAGGAC